AUGUUCUUUUCGCAGCUAUUUUUGUCGAAGAAGGGCGCGCUCGGCCCGAUAUGGAUAGCGGCGCAUCUGGAGCGGAAGCUGCGGAAGAAUCAGAUUUACGAAACCGACAUCCCGCAGACCGUCGACACCAUUCUUCACCCCGAGGUCCCCAUCGCGCUGCGGCUGUCGGGGCAUCUACUGCUCGGCGUCGUGCGAAUAUACUCGCGGAAGGUGGGCUAUCUGUACGCGGAUUGCUCCGAUGCGGUGCUGCGCAUGAAGCAGGUAUUGGCGCGAGCAGCGGUGGACCUGCCCCCAGAGGCGGCAACGGCGUCGUUCCAUGCCAUCACUCUCCCGGAGCACUUCGAACUCGAGGAGCUGCUCGCCCUGCCUGACGGCGUGUUCGAGCUGCAACCUGGGGCGGUGGACAAGAGUCUCACCACUCGAGAGCAGAUCACUCUACCGGAGCCGCCGCCUGUUGAUGAUGGCUACGCGUUUGGCUCGCAGUAUCGACUGGACGGAAAGCUGCCUCAAAAUGCUCGUCGUCUCGUGGCCCUGCUCCCCCCGCCCCCACUCGAUGCAGAGCAAUUCGCGGUGGUGGAGGAGGGUGCGGUGAUGCGGCUGGUGGAAGAAGGCGAGGAGGACGGCGAGCCAUGGCUUCCCCGUGACGUGGCCCACGAGGAGGCACGAGAGGGAGGCAAGGCGGGAGGGGAGGCGACGGCAGCGGAUGAAGGGAGGGAGGCGGAGGAGGUGGCGGAGGAGAGGGGGAUGGGGGGAGAAGGGGUUGUGGGGGCGGGGGGGGCGUAUGAGCCUGAAGCGGGCCUGGAGGGGUAUGAGCCUGAGGCAGGGCUCAUGGAGCCCAUGGAUCUGGACAUGGGGUUUGGCGCGGGGAUGGAGAUGGGUGGCGAUGGGUUGGGGAUGGGUGGAGAGGGGCGAGGAGUGGUGGGGGAGGAGGGAGUGGAGGCAACGCAGCCAGUGGAAGCAGCACAGGAGGAGGCUGAGAGGCGGGAGGUGGGGGCAGCAGGGGCGGCAGGGGAAACAGCAGAGGCAGCAGCAGGGCGGGAAGCAGGAGAAGCAGGGGCAGCAGAGACAGCAGCAGCUGAGGCGGCAGCAGGGGCAGAAGAAGGAGCAGAGAGAGGGGCAGGGGCUGCACAGGCGGAGGCGGAGGCGGAGGCAGGGGCAGAAGGAGGGGCAGGGGAAGAAGGGGAGGAGGUACGUGAAGUGGAGAUGAGGCGAGCAGAAGCCGUUCCUGCUGACCAUGAGGCGCGCAGCCUAGAAGCUGCUGAAGCUGCUGCUGCCGCCGCUGCUGCUGCUGCUGGUGCUGCAGGAAAGGGGUCUGUGCCAGGCACACCACGGGCUGACGUGGCGGAGGAGAGGGAGGGGGAGGCGAGGAGAGGGGAAGGGGAGGCAGGGGAAGCGGGGCGCAUGGGCGGAAUGGUUACUCCUGGCGGGUCCAUGGGGUUUGCCACGCCUUCUGUUGGCAUUCCAGCCAUCCCCACGCCAGACUUUGCCCUCGCACCAACACCUGCACCCGCACCUGCGCACGAGGACCAGGCCGGGCCUGAACACCACGCUGCAGCUGCCGAGCCUGCUGAGGCUCACGAGCCUGCAGACGAGGCUCGGGCUGGGCUGCCCCCGAGGCCGCCGAGGCGAGGGCAGGCGAAGAGGAAGCGAGGAGCAGCAGCAGGAGGGGAUGGUGUGGGGACAGUCUUGGACUCGCUCACUGUGCUGCCCUCUGAUACGUCGUGCCUCCCUCCUCUACCCUCUUCUCCCCUCCUCUUCCCUCCUCUGCCCUCUUCUCCCCUCCUCUUCCCUCCUCUGCCCUCUUCUCCCCUCCUCUUCCCUCCUCUGCCUCUAUUGUUCUACCCUCUGAAGAAGCGUUUUGACGAGUUGGCUGCUGUUCCCUCCCUCAGAGUGUGGCCAGUACCCACUUUACGUUUUGCCUUUCCUUUUGCCCCCUCCCCUCUUUGCCCCUCACUCCCCACCACCUCCCCCCCUUCCCACCCGCACCAUUCGCCAGCAGCUCAUCUUCUAGACGACCUUGAUAGGAAGCGCCUAUCCUAUCUCGCCCUCUCCCCGCCCCAACCUCACCAUCCGCCAGCAGCUCAUUUCCCCGGACGACCUCGUGAGGAAUCAGGGCCUAACUUCUCUCUUGCCCUCUCCUGCCCACCCCCUCCCCCCCGCUCGCCUCUCCCCCCCACCAGCACCAUUCGCCAGCAGCUCAUCUCCCCAGACGACCUCGUGAGGAAGCGCCGCAGAGCCCCGCACACCCUGGUCCAGCUGGCAGCACUGCAUUGGUCCGUGGCAGGCGUGGAAGGGCUGCAUGAGCCGGCUGUAGCACAGAAUGUUGCUCCGCCUGUAGCGGGGGAUGUAGCAGGGGGUGUAGCAGGGGGUGUAGCAGGGGGUGUAGCAGGGGGUGUAGCAGGGGUAACAGAUGGAGUGGCGGCAGAUGGGGUGGCCUAUGCGUUUGCAGCCGAUGGGUUUGCACAUGGCGUGGCGGGAGUGACAGCUGCAGCUGCUGAUGGUAUAGCCGAAGGGGAGGAGGGGGCGGGUCUUGGCGCUGCUGCUCAGGUUACUCCUGGUGGAGAAGAGGGGGCGGGUUGGGUGAUGCGCCCUCACACCACCCCGGACAGUGCUGCUCCUGGGCUGGAGGGUAUGCCUGCUGUGCCCCCCACGCCCUUCACCCCCGGCUCUCCUGCUGCUCCUCUCUCCCCCGUCGCUCCUCCCUCUCCUGCUGCAAGUGGCGAGGGAGUAGCAGCAGGCGCAGAGGCAGAGGCAGCAAGUGGUGCAGAAACAGCUGCAGGAGGGGCUGAGGCAGAUGCAGGCGCAGAGGCAGUGCCGGAGCUCUUUCCUGGUGCUGGCGUGACACCGUCCACAGAGCCCUACUUCCCCCCCGCGGAUGCUGGGCUGAUGGAAGGCCCUGAGGAGGAGGGGGCAUCGGAGGAGGAACGCGAGGGAAGCGGAGGAGAGGCGAUGGCAGAGGACAGAGGGAGGGAGGCGGCAGCAGCAGAGGGGAGGGGGAGAGAGGCAACUCUAGCUGCGCUGCAUGUGUCGGAAGAGAACUUUUACUUCCUCAGAGAUGGAGGCGACAAAGAGGUGGACGAGUGGGACCCGACGGGGUCGGGCAAGCGCAAGGCAGCAGCAGCAGAGGGGCCCACAGAUGACUUUUCCAGCUGGAGCUGGCGCACCAGAGGAGCUGCCAAGUUUCUGCAGCACUCGUUGACAGCGCUGGCGGAGCAGCAGGCACUGGCGGGCGAUGGAAGGGGGGGAGCAGCAGCAGCAGGAGGAGCAGUGGGGACGGAGGAAUCGGCAGGGGUGGAUUCGGCGCGAUCGCUGCCAUCGGUGUCACUGCUGGCGGUGGUGAAGGGACGGCCGAGACGAGAGGCCGCUCGGAUGUUCUUUGAGAUCCUCGUGCUGAAGACGAGGGACUUCAUUCAAGUGCAGCAGACAGAGCCGUAUGGUGACAUCAGCAUCACAGCACAGGAUCCCCUCAUGCAAGCCGCCCUCUGA